AUGAGUAAAUCAGAUGACGAAGAAAAUGUAUUUUAUAUAUAGAUUUCUACAAGGACAGUCGAAAUCAGAAGAGAAAUAGAGUUAUUAAAAAAGGUCCUCAUUAAAUCCUCAAACUCUCCUUUAGACUUAAUUUUGAAAAACACCAGUGAAAAACCUAACCAGCUCAAUGAGCGAAAAACUCUUCAGCAAGCUGAAAAUCUCCAAAUUUAUCUAAAUUCGUGCCGCAAAGGUCCAGAUAUUUAUGCACUGUUUUCACAAUGCUCACAGUCAUCAAGAAUUAAUAUACCAUUUAUAAUAGGUAAAAAUGGAGAUUUCGCCAAGGUCCUCGAUUUUCAUAUAAAAAUUAUUAAAUCCUUUGCCUUUAUAGAGUUUAUUUUGGAUAUAAAAAUCCCUGAAACUCUUUUAUACGUCCCAUCCCAAUCCUGCCCAGUUUUUUUGUGGAAUAAUUCCUUUGGAAAUAUUGCUUCCUAUAUCAAUGAUCAAGCAAUUGAUAAAUUUUUUGAUACUGUAGAAUAAAUUGAAACACAAAUAAAAUGGGCGCGACGUCGCCAACCUGUCAUCUUCGGAUCCGUUCAGAGAUUGGCACAUUGCUGCGCCUGAAGCGAAAGAGAUCAGUAAAGGAGAAUACUGGUACUGGGCAUUUGUGUUUUGUUAGGUUUUGUCUCCCUCGCCUGGCAAUUGAGAAAAUAGUUUUUUAUCUCUAGAGACUACUAAUUCCGACGGUAAAUACAUCCCGAUAUUAGCUAAAAACUUUAUCCUGCUGGAACUCAGUUACUGAAGCUAUAGCUGUGGGUGCCUAAUAUGUGCACUCCAAGGUUCCAAGGCAGAAUUAAGAGCCAUGCCGAAAGUCGAAGCAUAGUUAUCUUUGAUAGAAUGCGGACAAAUCCAGCAAAAUUGAACAAGUCAUCCCCAAAAGCUACUUUGGAUGUAUCAUUAAACAAGGAGAUCCUGAUCUUUAACCUAUCCUAAAAGCAGAACAAAUUGAAGUAAAAUCGCGAUAUAAAGUCCCUAAAUACAUACACAUUGCUAUGAAUGAUAAAAUCACCCUAUGCUACUCAGCAUUUGAAGCUCGCGAAGUUUUUGAGAAUUGCCCUCAUUAUAUGCACAGGCUACAAAGAUAUAUUCCUCCUACCACAAAUUUAGCCUCAAAAAUCCGAAUCCAUUGAUCAGGAUCUCGAAUUGAAGCAGUUUGUAGUAUUUCUAAUAAUAUUUCUCUAGGCAAGCUAGAAAGAAAAGGCAACCUCAGCUUUCAGCCAGUCAUGAAUAACCUAAAACAGACAAUUUCUUAUAGCUUUUCUAGCAAAAUUCUGCCUACCUCUUUCUCUAUGUCAAUGCCAUUCAAGCCGCUCCAUCAAAAACGGUCUUUAAAAGAGAAGCUAAAUAAGCCAAAAAAUCCGUUUAAAACUCAUAUUAUGGUGACUGAGCCUUGUGAGGCUGAAUCUCUGCAGAUAAAGCCAGGCUCUGAAACAUUGAUGACUGAAGAAAUCCACCCUGAUGAGGACUCCUUUUUAAGCAGCAAUAAUCAGAGGAGUUCAGCUGAGGAAAAUGCAGAUAUUGAAAAAUUUAUAGUAAAGUUUUCAGGAUUGCCGAAAUUAAAAAUUAUUUUUACACAUCAGCCGAUUCCUGAGCUAGUUAAAGCGGUUAAUGCGUUGGUGGCUGUUAUAAAUCAAUUAUUUUUGAGAAAAAAUAAUCAGUUGCAAGAACUAUUUGUGGAUUUUAUUAAAGAUUCUAACUUCCUCCCCUAUAAGCGAGUAAGUAAAACAAUUGGAGAUUCCAAUUAAAUUUUUAAAAAAAAUAAUUGAUAUAUAAAUGAUAAUUCUAUUAUAAAUUUUAUAAAUAAAUUAAUCCAAUAAAAUUUUGCGAAUUUUUAAGUUACAAAAAAAAAUUAACCCCUUUUACAAAUUUUUUUGUUCGCUGACGAGAGAGGAAGUAAUGAAAAAUGGGUUUUACUUUCAUGUAAAGGGUAUAAAAUAAUUGGCGACGAGCUUUCACGUGUACUCAAGCCGAAAUUUCUGCCGAAGCUUGAAAAUAUUAGGUCAAAAACCCAUAUAAAGAAGCCUUUUGCUAGAGAUUAUGAAAUUAACGUAUCGAAAAUUGAUGAUUUGAUCAUCCCUGAAAGGAAAAUAGGAAACGAUACUAUAAUUUAUGAUAAAAAUAUAGAGAUUUUGGCUCAUUCUUUUGAAGAGCAAGCUUCGAAGCUGGAUAAUUCUCCUAUUGGAAAUAUUCACCUUACUCCCCCUCCGUAAGUGGGGUUAAUUUAUUUUUUUAUUAUAAAUUUUGUUAAAAAAUUCCAAUCUGUGUUGAGAAGUAAAAAUUAAGUUAACUUGUAAAAUUAUUUUUAAAAUGCAAGCUGUUGAAAAUUAAACUGAAUUUUAAAGAUUUCAUUAUAAUAAUUAUCACUUAUAUAGCAAAUUUUGUUCCCUCAUAAAAAAAUUUUAUAUUAAAAAAAUUUUUGUUCACUCACAAUGGUUGAUUUUUACCCAAAAAUAAGAAUUUUUUCAAUGGUUUUGUUCGCUCACAGAGGGGUAGUUAAAGAAAUCCAGGAAUCAACCACAAAAUCAUACUUAGAGCAAAAAAAAUCAGACCAUUUAGGAAGGAUUCCUUGUAAUAUGAUAGGAAUUAUGCCACACAAAUUAGAUAAUCCUAUUACCAGCUUUAUAGAUAACCACAAAGAAGUGCCAAUAAAGCCUCUAAAACACAGAGAACGAUUUAAGCACUUAUAUUUAGUAGGCCUAGAAAACAAAAGAAUAGAUUUAGCAUCAAAGCAGCUUGACGAAAUCACAAAAAGUUUUGAUAAAAAACUAAAAGCAGCCCAAGAAGGCAGAAAAGACGCAAAUACAAUCACUGGGCUUGUGAAUUUUUUAAACAGCCAUGAAAAAUUAAUUGAAAAAUCUAUUCAAGAAUCUUAUGAAAAAUGCAAACAAAGCGAAACGCUUUGCCCUUACUUUGAAAGUCGCACCAACCACGAAAUGGAAAGAAUUCACAAAGGAUUUUACAGCUGCCUAAAGCCAGGAUACGAAAUAGGACUUCGAAACAAACUAAAAAGAAGCCAUAAAGGCUUGAACAUUUCUUCAAAUGAUUUUGAAGAAUUUGUAAAAAAUUUAACUGAAAGUUUGGCAAAUAAUAACUUUUUUGAAGAAGAAGCGAAAUUAAUCACAGAUCGUGCUCGCAGUUUUGAAAAAGAAAUUGUAAGUAUUCAUGAUGAAAAAUAA